AUGUCUAAGAGAACUAAGAAGGUAGGAAUUGCCGGUAAAUAUGGUGUCCGUUACGGUUCAUCUCUGAGAAAGCAAUGUAAGAAGUUGGAGACUCAGCAACACGCCAAGUACGACUGUGCAUUCUGUGGUAAGAAGACUGUCAAGAGACAGGCUACUGGUAUCUGGUCUUGCAAGGCUUGCAAGAAGACCGUUGCUGGUGGUGCUUACACUGUUUCCACUGCUGCUGCCGCCACUGUCAGAUCCACCAUCAGACGUUUGAGAGAGAUGGCUGAGGCAUGA